CCACAUCACAAUCGGGAUCAGCUGGCCGUGCUUCGUCCGGACUGCGACAGAGAAACUCGACAAGACGACAGGCGCAACAGUCUCAGCUACAACAAUCUUACACAAGUGGCAGGGAUCAAGAUGGGAGACAAAUUUUCACUCUUGCUGGUCCUAGUUUACAAGAUGAUGACAACAAUGGCCGUACUCACAAUCAACACCAACCAUAUGUCGAACCUGGGUAUAUAGAGCUCAACCCUGCAUACGACCAACCUGGAAAUGUACGGCCAAUAUGAGGAUUGGCAGAUCCUAUGCCUCGUAUCAUCCGCAGAGGAAUGAAGCCGUCAGAUCAGGAGAUCCAAGCGGAUCGACCAAGGCCAGGAGACGAGGACGAGGAUGUUCUGCAGCCCACCGAUUCUCAGAUGGAGCAAGGCAUCGGGCCAAAGUUGAACCUGAACAAAAUUGACAAGAACAUUCAAGAUGCGACCAAAGAAAGAGAACGCAAAUACGCUCAGAAGUAUGGCAAGAAAUCGGAGCCACCCUCGGAGAUGAGCCAGGAGUCUCAAACACAGCCGUUUGGCCCUUUUCAGCACCUUGCACCUCCACAGGAAGCAGAUGAAGAAGGAGAGUUGGGAAUUCCAAGGCCACCGGUUAAUCCGCUCAAUCAUGAUCAGUACCAAGAUCAAGAUAACAAUGACGAGUAUGAUGAGAAAGGGGAUGAAGAGACAGAUGACGAAGACAUGAAAGUUACACAUGAUCGAGCUGUCAACGACCACGUGUCGACAAACAAGAUUCAGGAGGAGCAGCACAAUCAUCACACACUAUGGGCGGUCGCCAGGACCAAGCUACGUGAACCUCUUGCGGAAGUUCUUGCUGCAAGUCCGACCUCUCUCCCUAUGUGCUAAACCUUGUCACUUCGGCUCUCAAGCCGCGGCGAUGCGUAUCACUCCACCCAUUGAAAUGCACAAUGAUAUUGAGAAAGAGCACGUCGUCUACAGAGAGUGACAAUUUGACGUC